GGGCUGUAAUUGAUGCUAACUUUGAGCCAGGAUAUAGAUUUAACUUAGACAAUUUAGAUUUCUAUUUACAUGUCAGAGACAUGACUGAAACACACCAGAAUAUGAGUAAACACUAUGUUCAAAUCAUGGCUGUGAAAGACCGAGUAAAUUGCGAGCAUCUUCCUGAUGAAAAUCCUGUGGGUGACCUGAAUCAGGUGGAAAACCAACAACUCAUGCCAUCAGCUGAAGACAAUAAUGACUUAAGAGAGGAUAUGAUCCACAUCUUAUCACUGACUCUAAUCCAGCAUCUACAGGCAUUCAGUAUUUUUAAAGAUGUGUAUCCAGAUUAUUUUCAACACCCUUAUUCAGACAUCAUGGAUAAGAAGUCAGUUGUGAUGAUUUUGUUCUUGUUGAUUUGAAGUUAAUUGGAAUUGGAAUUUCAUCGACCACAAAAGUUAAGGACAUAAAGAAGAAACUAAGGU